UGCGCGGCGGCGGCGGCGGCGGCGGCCGCGGCCGCGGCCGCGGCGGCGGUGGUGGCGGCGGUGGGGUGGCGGGAGCGGAGCGGCAUGGCCACGGCGGCUUCUAACCCCUACCUGCCGGGGAACAGCCUGCUGGCGGCCGGCUCCAUUGUGCACUCGGACGCCGCGGGCGCCGGCGGCGGCGGCGGCGGCGGCGGCGGUGGCGGCGGCGGCGGCGGCGGCGGCGCGGGGGGCGGCGGCGGCGGCAUGCAGCCCGGCAGCGCCGCCGUGACCUCGGGCGCCUACCGCGGGGACCCUGCCUCGGUCAAGAUGGUCCAGAGCGACUUCAUGCAGGGGGCCAUGGCCGCCAGCAACGGCGGCCAUAUGCUGAGCCACGCACACCAGUGGGUCACGGCCCUGCCCCACGCCGCCGCCGCCGCCGCCGCUGCCGCCGCCGCCGCCGUGGAGGCCAGCUCGCCGUGGUCGGGCAGCGCCGUGGGCAUGGCCGGCAGCCCCCAGCAGCCGCCGCCGCCGCCGCCGCCGCCGCAGGGCCCCGACGUGAAGGGCGGCGCCGGGCGUGACGACCUGCACGCGGGCACCGCGCUGCACCACCGCGGGCCGCCGCACCUCGGGCCGCCGCCGCCGCCGCCGCACCAGGGCCACCCGGGAGGCUGGGGCGCCGCCGCCGCCGCCGCCGCUGCCGCCGCCGCCGCCGCCGCCGCCGCGCACCUCCCGUCCAUGGCCGGCGGCCAGCAGCCGCCGCCGCAGAGCCUGCUCUACUCGCAACCCGGGGGCUUCACGGUGAACGGCAUGCUGAGCGCGCCCCCGGGCGCGGGCGGCGGCGGCGGCGGCGCGGGCGGCGGCGCCCAGAGCCUGGUGCACCCGGGGCUGGUGCGCGGGGACACUCCCGAGCUGGCCGAGCACCACCACCACCACCACCACCACGCGCACCCGCACCCGCCGCACCCGCACCACGCGCAGGGGCCGCCGCACCACGGCGGCGGCGGCGCGGGGCCUGGCCUCAACAGCCACGACCCGCACUCGGACGAGGACACGCCGACGUCCGACGACCUGGAGCAGUUCGCCAAGCAGUUCAAGCAGCGGCGCAUCAAGCUGGGCUUCACGCAGGCCGACGUGGGGCUGGCGCUGGGCACUCUCUACGGCAACGUGUUCUCGCAGACCACCAUCUGCCGCUUCGAGGCCCUGCAGCUGAGCUUCAAGAACAUGUGCAAGCUCAAGCCACUGCUGAACAAGUGGCUGGAGGAGGCGGACUCGAGCACCGGCAGCCCCACGAGCAUCGACAAGAUCGCGGCGCAAGGCCGCAAGCGCAAGAAGCGGACGUCCAUCGAGGUGAGCGUCAAGGGCGCGCUCGAGAGCCACUUUCUCAAGUGCCCCAAGCCCUCGGCGCAGGAGAUCACCAACCUGGCCGACAGCCUGCAGCUGGAGAAGGAGGUGGUGCGGGUGUGGUUCUGCAACCGGCGCCAGAAGGAGAAGCGCAUGACGCCGCCCGGCAUCCAGCAGCAGACGCCCGACGACGUCUACUCACAGGUGGGCACUGUGAGCGCUGACACGCCACCGCCUCACCACGGGCUGCCGACGAGUGUGCAGUGAGGUCGGGGGGGCUGCCGCGCCCCCUCGAGGGCCGCCGCUGCCCGCAGCCUCCACCGCCCGCCACAGCCGCCGCCGCCGCCGCCGCCGCCGCUGCCGCCGCCGCCGCCGCCGCCACCGCCACCGCCGCAGCCAGCGGAGCCCGCCCCUGGCCCGCUGCCCUGCUCUGAGCCCACAGCCGGCCACGCUCGCCCUUCGGAGGGGAAAAAAGAGAGAGAGACGGACCAAGGAGACGUGUGUGUAUGUGUGUGUGUGUGUGUGAGAGAGUGUGUGUGUGUGAGUGUGUGUGUGUGUGUGUGUGUGUUUAAUCCAAGGAAAGAGGGGGGAACGCAUACCCGAAGUACCCAGACUUUUAUAUUCAUAGAUCACGGAAGGAAGGAAAGAAGACAGAAAGAAAGAGAAAGAAAGAAAGAAAGAAAGAAAGAAAGAAAGAAAGAAAGAAAGAAAGAAAAUCGCAAUUAUACCGUGGUGGUGUUUCGUUUCCGUUUUCGUUUCUGCUUUUAAACAAGGGUGAAGAUUCCUGGGGGUCCAAAACUGCACGCGUGCGGUUUCCCCACCGCUCCACGGGGGACACCGCCAACGCCGCAUCCUCUAGUCUCAAAUAAAGAAGCGCCUAGCCUCCCCUCCAUGCCCUCCUGCCAACAAGGGCUGCCCACGACGGUUCUCAGAAGCAUACUUUCCUGGGAGCCACCUGCAAAGCAGCAGAGGCACCGGAUUUACCAGGGGAUGACUCUGUGCUCUGGGACCCUGUUUUUCUUGGUCAUAUUAAAGUCAUUUGGGGACAAACAAAUCGACCGUGAAAUGGAAAGAAGGGGGGCUGGGGGGGCGAGGCUGAAGCAAAGAAAACAAGAAGAAAAAAUAAUAAUCCACAGCUUCUGAAAUGAACAGACUGAAUAGCAACGCCAAAAGAAGUAUCGUCCAAAUAAUCUUGGAAAGAAAAGCAUCACAAAAGAGCAGAGGGCUGGGCCCGGAAGAGGGUCGCCAGCCACGGAGGGCUUAGGCUGACCGAGCAGGGGCGCGAGCAAGUGAACUGGGCGCAUAGCGAGGCCGGCCCCCAGGCCUGGCUCCAUGGCUGCCUUUCCGGGGGACGAUGCCUACAGAUCCAACCGCUAAUAUUUUUUUUAUUAAUAUUUUUAUUUUUUAUUUCUGGACUGAUUCAGAUAAAGGAAUUUAGAAAGACUUAAGCACCAGCCUCUGCACUUGUCUGGACUUCUCUCCUCAAUCCGUUGCCAACUUUGAUUGAAUGGGUGCCGUGGAUGUGAUUAUAUAAUACUGCCAUUUCCAAGCAGUGUUUUUGGUAGGUUUUAAUAAACAGACUUUUCAAAAGACGGCAAUAGAGAAUUGUUAGAUCCAUUGUUGAUCUAAAAAUAUUUGCUUUAUAUUUUCAUUAAAUGACUUCUUUUAAUAUUUUAUUCAGAAUACUUAUGAACUGCUGCAAAACGGUAAUUUAUUUUUCCCCAGAUCUUGUAUUACGUGUUUUUUUCAGACGAGCACAAAUCAAAAUGAAAUGAAAAUAUGGACAUUUGUUAGGUAAUAAGGGUAUCUUUUGAUGUGAUCAUUUGAUUGUAAUUUAAUUUGAGUAGUGACUCCGUAAGAGCUGAUCGAGAAAAUAAAUUUGUUAGAAUGAAAUAGUCUGUGUCUGAUGCAUACACCCUGUGUGGGAAGAAAAGAGUUCUUUAGGGGGAAAAAAUUGUUUAAAUGCAAAUCUUGCAGUGAUAGAGCUGAGAAAAGUGGAACCUGCCCCAACUGAGGUCUAUCUGGAAAUCUAGAAAAAGCGACAGAAACUUCUAGUAAUUUAACCUAAUAGUCAGUCCUUGUUAAUCCGUAAUUUUUGCAGUGUUUUUCUCUCCCUUAAUGUUAGUGUGUGGUUGUAGGUAAGAUUGUCUCCAUGAUACCCUUUCCUUGAAGAAACCUGUGUCCUUUAUCAUCUUUAUCAGAUCAGACUGCAUCAGCAGUUGAAAUUUGCCAACUGAUUACUAAUGAUUAGUACAGAGCCCCUUCAAGUUUAGUCUCUUUGCCCUCUAGUCCUCCCCAACACACACACACACACACACACACACACACACACACACACACACACACACACCAUGUUACAGUCCCCUUCCUCCUCUCCUAAGGGCUAAUAGUGGGAAGAAUAGUUUGAAAGACCAAAACAUCUUUUAUAUUUAUUGUUUCCCAUUAAUUGCUCUGUGGAACUAAGUUUACAUUAGGAAGCUUUUUUUUUGUUGGGGUAGGGUGUUUUGAAAUUGUUUUUGUAAUGAAAGAAUGUAGUUUUAAAAAUCCUGCUAUUCCACACCACAACACCCUCCAGCUCAGACUUAAAGUUCUCAUUUCUGUGUGAUUCUAUAACUUCUUCAUGAAUGCUGGGGUUCUGAUCACUCUUGAUUAUACCUGCAGAGUGGUCAGAUUGAUCAAGUUAGUGUAUUAAUAUUUACAGCGUGGGAAAAUGAAAGUGUUGUGCCUUAGGUACUGAAUACUAAAGAUGCUUAAGGCUCUAACUUGAGUCCUUUCAUAUUGAACUUUUUUAGAAGGAGAAGAAAAAAAAGGUAGGGGUGAUAGAGCAAUGAUUUUGUAAACUAAUUUUCUUUUAAUCUCAUUUAGCUGUCACUUUUUGCCUUCUCUCAUCUUCACUCCCUCUCCUUAUGAUAUCAUGCAGGGGUUAAAAACCACCCCCAAACUGUGAGAGCCACAAGGAAGUUAUUUCUUUCCGUCAGACCCUGUGUCACUUUCAUAAAUCAAGUCCAGCCAGAUGGCCAUGUAUUGGGUUGCAUUAUUUUAAACACCAAAUCCUACUAAAAAUCACAAUCAUUUUGAUUUGUGAAAUCUGAAAAAGACCCUGUUUAUUAAACAGAAAGAAGGAAAAGAAUGAAAACAAGAAACCACAAUUUGCUUUCUUGUCUCCUAGUUCUCUUGCUAUUGUAAUCUCUCUGCCAGGCAAAUUUACAAUUUGGAGCUGGGGGUGGGGACAAGGAUCACAAUUGGGGAGGGGGUCUACUGAGGCCAGCAAAGAGGGCCUUAUUGGAAAACUAAGGGUUGGGUGUGGUUAUUUUUCUGUGGCGGUUACUACUAGUAAGUCAGAUGAAAUCUUGUUUUCCCUGCAGGAAUGGUAGCGGUUGAGUCAACAGAGAAUUUAAAUUUUUAGGAGGUGUUUGCUUACUUGAUUUGGCUGACAACAAAAGAACUAACAUUAGAUUUUACACUGUUUUCUGUUAAAAAGCAAUCUUGCUGAUUACUUUGAAAGAAGUCCUGAUUUAGGAGUAACUAGAGUAACUUUUAUUUGGAGAAGCUGGGAAAGCCAGAACACUUUUAUUUCCUUAUUUUUGCAGUUUUUAAAGUGAACUCAUGCUUGCACUUCAUUUAAAAAAAAAUCACCCUUUGAAUGUAUUUACAAAAUAAAAUUCAUGGUUGGAAAACAAAAGAGGGUAGAUAUAACAGAGGUUUUGUGCUAAGGCUUACAUUGUUACACAUGUAAAUAAUGAAAAUAUUGUUAUAUCUCGCCAGAUCUUUUUAAUGAAUUUGGUCAUUGUGUUCCCUUGCAGCGCAAGUGUCUUGUGCUUCGUAAAGUACCCAUUUGUUUCCUUCAUUUCAAUCCCACCCCCCAACCCAAAGGAAAGCAGCUACAAAGUUCUGUUCUACCAAUCUGCCUAAUCCCAAAUUAGACCCAUUUAUAGUUCACAGUCUCCUGUGGCUCUUAGUCACUUGUCCAAGCCUGUCAUCUCCUUCACCCAACCAUCUUCUUCUGCAAGUCUGGGUGAUAAAUCAUUCAAGGUGCAUUUUAAAUAGUCACUUUGCUGUUGUUGCUCUGUUUUAUUUUUUUUUAAGUAUUUAGCCAAGGACGACUCCUUUGUUCCAAAAUAAUAGAACUGUUCAUUAUUGAUCUUAGAGAUUCUCUCUGCUUCCCUGUCGCCUCCGGUGUUUGCUCAUCACCAUGCCCAUUAUCUCUUGUAUGGAUGGUUUUCAACAUUCAGAAAAGAGUUGGUUCUAAUUAUAAAUGCAGUAUAUAUUAUUGAUAGUUUUAUCGAUAAGUGUAAUAUUUUAAAUAAUUUUAACAAUUAAAUUUGUUUUUAAAUUAUAUAUUUGUAAAGUAUUUAUCCUGUUGGAAGCAACAAUAUAUUGUUGUAUUUAUUCGUUUAUUUUUGUAAUAAAUGAUCGACCUCUUCAA